CUCGAGCCCCUCCCUCUCUCCCUGCCUCCCUCCUCCCGGUCCCCUCCCUCGCUCGCUCCCUGCCCACUCCCGCGGGGACGCUCCGUGGCGCGGCUUCUUCACACUUUAGUUGGGAGCCGCGCGCCGCGCUCAGUUACUGGAGAGCUGGUCGCGCGCCGCCGCCCCCCGCUCGCACGCACGCGGGCCCGGCCUCGGGGGGUUCGGCUUCUACUCCCAGCAGCAGGGAGGAGGGGGAGCCGCGGACACCCUGUGGGGAGGAGGAGGAGGAGGAGGGAGGAAGAGAAAAGGCGAGGAGGAGAGGGCGGGGGGCGGGGGGCUCGCCACCUUCAGCUCCCCCGCGAGCGCCCAAGGGCUUUUCUCCACUGGGACUCCACGCAUGGACCCUUCCACCCCAAGGACAGCAGUGUGAGCGAGCACCCUGGGAGUAAAACACAUUUCCUCGAGUGGAUUGGAAGUCAUCACUGCGUUUCUGAAGACAUUUAGCCACAGAUUUAAUUCAAAAUCCUGUUGGUGUGCGCAGCUUGACCAACUCAGCAGCAAGGUGGAUUCUCUUUGUGUUUAAAGAAACAAAAAAAUGUUCCCGUGUCUGUAGAGAUGAUUUGCAGUUCAGCCCAGCUGAAGCUGACCGAAUGAGACUAUGGGCUGUGCCUCCGCCAAGCAUGUUGCUACUGUUCAAAAUGAAGAGGAAGCCCAGAAAGGGAAGAGCUACCAGAACGGAGAUGCAUUUGGCGAUGAGUAUAGGAUCAAACCAGUGGAAGAGGUCAAAUACAUGAAAAAUGGGGCAGAAGAGGAGCAGAAAAUAGCAGUGAGGAACCAAGAAAACUUGAGAGCAGAAAACCACCAAUGCUACUGCAGGAACCCCCAAAGACAGGGGAAAACCACACCCAGCAUGAGUCUUCAGUGUAAUGAAAACCGAAGAUCAGGCAUGUCCUCCAAAAUUGGGAGACUUCAGCUGCCAGCAAGAAAUGACGAUGACACACAGCGUAGUGAAGAAGAAAGCUACAAGAAUACAUCAGAUGACAAUGGCUUCAUCCUGACUGCCACCGGAUGACUCUGAGGAAGACCUUGACUGUUUCUGAGU